AUGCCUAAGAAUACACCGGCUCCAGAUGAGCCCGUCGUCACCUUCAGUUCGGGCUCCCAAGAACCGGUUGCUCUGCGUCUUCUCCACCUGAAUGAUGUCUACCAUCUGGAACCCUCCAGUGCUGAGCCGGUAGGCGGUGUUGCACGCUUCGUCACCGCCGUCAACGAGUACCGUAGCCAUGACCGCUUCCAGGGACAGCCCGAGCUAGUAACUCUAUUCUCAGGCGAUGUCUUUAACCCCAGUCUUGAAAGCUCCGUCACAAAAGGCGAGCACAUGGUUCCCGUUCUGAACAAGAUCGGCGUUGACUGCACGUGCGUCGGUAAUCAUGACUUUGACUUUGGCGUCAAGCAGUUUGAAAGUCUGACCGCAAAAUGCAACUUUCCCUGGCUGCUUGCUAACGUCCUGGACCCGGCUCUCGGGGAAAACGUGCCACUCGGAAAUGCGAAGCAUACACACAUGCUCACAACAUCCAAUGGCAUCAAGAUCGGCCUCGUCGGCCUGGGCGAGAGGGAGUGGCUGGAGACCAUCAACAGCUUGCCGCCCAACAUCAUCUACAAAUCCGCCAGCGAGACCGCCAAGGAGCUCGUCCCACAACUUCGCGCCCAGGGAGCCGACAUCGUCAUCUGCCUCAGCCAUCAGCGUGAGCCGAACGACAACAAGCUCGCCGAGAAGACGGACGGCCUCUUUGACAUCAUUCUCGGUGGCCAUGACCACUAUUACGGCCACAGUUUCAUCAACGGCACCCACGUGCUGCGGUCCGGCUCCGACUUCAAGCAGCUGAGCUACAUCGAGGUCCGGAAGAAGCCCGACAGCUCCGGCAAGUGGGACUUUGACAUCUUGCGACGCGACAUCGUCUCGUCCAUUGCCGAGGACCAGGAGACGCUGAAGCUGACGGAGGAUCUGACCUCGAAACUGAAGCAGAGCCUGGCCAAGUCUGUCGGCUGGACCGCAUCCCCCUUGGAUGCGCGCUUCACGACCGUCAGAAUGAAGGAGAGCAACAUGGGCAACUUUGUCUGCGAUGUCAUGAGACACUACCACAACGCAGACUGCGCCCUGAUGGCUGCCGGAACAAUCCGUGGUGACCAGAUCUACCCGCCGGGUGCGAUCAGGGUUAGAGACAUCACCAACUGCUUCCCCUUUGAGGACCCCGUCAUAUUCAUUCGGGUGACUGGCAAGCAGCUGUGGGAUGCUUUGGAGAACGGUGUCUCCCAGUAUCCUGCCCAAGAAGGCCGCUUCCCUCAAGUAUCCAACAUCGAAUACACUUUCGAUCCCAGCAAGCCGCCUAGCUCGCGCAUCGUAUCGGCCAGCGUUGGAGGCGAGCCCAUGGAUUUCGAAAGGAAAUACACUCUCGCAACCCGAGGCUACAUGGGCCGAGGAAAGGACGGUUACACCAGUCUUCUGGUCGAACCGGAAGGCGGCACCGCCGAGGAGAUCGUCUGCGAAGAGAACGGCAUUCUCAUCUCCGCCAUGCUGCGGCAGUACUUCAUGAGUCUCAAGACCGUCGGCCGAUGGAAGAACCUCAGCGAAAACUGGCUCGACGUCGCUGAGAAGUGCCACAGCCCCGUCGAACCCCGAAAGAUGUGGGAGACGCCUGCCGCGACGGGCACCUCGGACCCCCAGCCCGAGACCACGUCCAGGUCGUGGGCCGAAUGGAUGAUCAAGCGUCAUAUGCUGAACACCAAACCCCCAAAAGACGACGAGUCCGACGAUUCCGACGAAGAGGUGGACACGGUUGCGCAGAUCGACACCGAGAUACUCAUUAUGCGUAAGUUCUUUGCCAGGUGGGCCAACAAGGCCGGCGUCAAGGCCGAGGUGUGUGAUUCCCUGCGGGAGGGCGAGUUCUCCGUGGACUGGACCCGGGUCAUUGCACCUGUUCUAGAGGGCCGCAUCAAAAUGAUCAGUUAG